GCAAGAUUUUUUGGAGUUUUACGCUUUUAUCACUAAGUUCGUGAAACCGUAAAUAGAUAAUGGAAGCUCCAAGUGAUGACUACAUUUCUGACUCUUCCGAGAAAUGUUCGAGAAACAUCAAAUCACAGAUGAAUAAUUCAGCAGACGCUCGUGUAGAGAUCGAUCAACUUUUCAGAAAUGCUAGAAAUCUGAUACGUGGCAUGCCUCUUGCUCAUCUGAAAUCCAUUCGUGAGGGAAUGAAUGAUUUCCUGACUUAUGUGGACGCGAAAGAGAAACAAAGACAUGAGGAGCAGAAAAUAAAAGCUGAAGAUGAAAAGCUUGCAACUUAUCGGCGGAAAAGAUGGCGAGUCCAACAAGCGAGACUGGCAGCUGAGGAUGAGGUUCAACCACACCCUGACGGCGUAACUUCUGACUCAGAUGCUGAGGAAGUCGAAUCUGUCUGGAAGCCCUCUGAACGCAAAAUUAAGCCCUAUCCUCCAAGUAUGAGGGCUGAGCGAUUGGCCAAGGCUGACUUUCGAGCUGAAUGCAAAGAAGAUGAUUACUUAGACGCAACGUAUGGUGACCCUGAAGACCAAUUGAAAGAAGUCCCCAGUGAGGGUUCUGAUGAAGCUUCUGAAGGAUAACUUGGAGAAGAUGACGGUGAAUCCGAUGACGAAUCUGAUGACUCUGAUGAUUAGUAUUACUCGCAAUCUUUCUGAAUUGGUUGUUUUG